AUGCAAGCGACAAGGCCGCUUCUGUUUAAGGGCUUCAUUGGCCGCAGCGUCGAUGAGCUCAAGAGGCUCUCAAACAUAGCCUUCAAGCUCGAAGGAAUUAAAGGUCCCCAGGGUCCUUAUCUCCUCCACGACUUCCGCAGCCCAGCAGGUGUCCAAGAUUGCAAGGUCAUGUCAGACGUUGAGAUCGGCGGUUAUUCGAACGCAAACCUCGACUGGGUAACAUCGCCGUCGCCGACGUCGGGAGCACAACCUCCUUCUCCCCACUCUCCUGGUUAUGCGAGAUUCCAUGGAACCAUCUCCACACAACUACCUAAGAAUAGGCCAGACAUAAAGCGGACCGGCUAUGCGGCCUUCAGGACACGCGACAGGCCACCAACAAUCUUUGGACGUAGCCUGUGGAAUAUCGAUCCUUAUGUCUACCUGGCCCUACGCGUCAAGUCGGAUGGCAGGAGCUACUUCGUCAACGUUCAGACCGAGUCUGUUGUUCCAACUGACCUCCACCAACACCGGUUAUUCGUCAAGAAACCUGGCGAGUGGGAAACAGUGUUGAUCAAAUGGAAUGAUUUUGUACGGACAAACUAUGGGCGCGUCGUCGAGCCGCAAACGGAGAUCAUGCGACAGAAGGUCAAAUCUAUUGGCGUUGGGUUGACUGACAGAAUAGAAGGCCCAUUUGAGCUUUGUAUCGAGAGGAUAUGGGCCACAAACGAUGAAAGUGAGGCGGAUAGUGUGGUAGAGGUGUCGAAUAGUAAGGAGGGGGAGCUUAAGACCAAGAAGGGACAGAAAAUUUCAUGGGGGAGUUAA